CAAACGGGAAACAAGAUGGCGGCGGCAGGUCCGAGCACUCGGGCUUCUUCCGCGGCGGCCGCGGCAGCUCUGAGUCGGCGGGGCCGGCGGGGCCGCUGUGACGAGAUGGCGGCAGCGAAAGCCGGGGCUCCGGGCCCGGCCUCUAGCCCCGCGUUGUUAGUGUUGCGGCCAGCGCCACGGCCGGAGGAGUCGGGCUGCACUGGGUGCCUGGAGACCCCGGGGGAAGUGGCGGCCCUGCCGUGCAGCCACUCGCGGUGCCGAGGCUGCGCCUCUCGCGCGGCCGGCCCGGGCUGCCGUCGCUGCGGUCCCCGCGGCUCGGGCUGGGCCCGCCGUCGGGCCCGCGACGACGGCCAGGCCGCCGCGGAGCUGAUGGGCGAGCGCGCCCGUCGCGGACAGCCGGAGCGCUGCCGCCCGCGCCGGGACGGGGGCGCGUCUGCCUCGGGGCCCAGGCCGGAGCCGGAGCCGCGGAGCCAGUAUUUUCCCUUUCUUCCAGAGUUUAUAUUCCGAACGCCAAUCAAGUUAAGCAAGUCAGGAGAACUUGGUGAGGAAUAUGGACGCCUGAGAAAGCUGAGAGGAGAGAAGUUACAAGAAGAAAAAACUUGUGAAGAUCAGGUGCACAAGAUACUGCAGGAGGAUUCGGAAGUGGGGAAGAGGAAAGCUGAUGAACAGAAAAGGAGAGAGGAGCCAGCGGUGCUGAGAACUGGUCUGGAGCAGUGUCCUGCACGUCUCUCGGAUUCAGAGAAUGAAGAACCUUCUCGGGGCCAGAUGAUGCAGACCCAUCGCUCAGCCUUUGUUUCCAAGAACAGCUCCUACUCCUUAGCUUUCCUGGCAGGGAAGCUAAACACCAAGGUGCAGAGAAGUCAGAGCUGCAGUGACACAAUUCAGGACAGAGUGAGGAGCAGGCUCAGGACAGCACCACCCAGCAGAGCCAAGAUCACAACUAUAACUCCAGGCUCCACCCCCAUCAUUGGCGUUCUCUUGUCUACUCAGAACAGCCGCUGCCUCUCAGCCCCUGACUUAACCAUAGAAAAGCGCCUGCCCUUCAGCUCCCUUUCAUCCUUGGCUUCCUUGCAUAAGCCAGAGCGCUCUAUCAGCCCUGAAAGCAAUGACAGCAUCUCUGAAGAGCUAAACCACUUCAAGCCCAUCGUCUGCUCACCAUGCACCCCUCCCAAGAGACUCCCCGAUGGCCGGGUGCUCAGCCCUCUCAUCAUCAAGUCUACGCCUCGCAACCUGAGCAGAAGCCUGCAGAAGCAGACUUCCUAUGAGGCCAGUCCUCGCAUCCUCAAGAAGUGGGAGCAGAUCUUCCAGGAGCGGCAGAUCAAGAAGACACUUUCAAAAGCCACUCUCACCUCCCUGGCCCCUGAGGCAGGGGAAGAGUUACCUGGUUCUGAAGCAAUCCAUUCCAGCAAGGAGAGGCCGUCUCUGGCUUUAAGCACAAGGCUGUCAAGGGUCCAGGUGCUCUCAGAGUGUGCUGGGCCCACCUCCACUGCCCUGGAGUACUUCCCCUCUGUUAACCAGACAAAAGUAGAACAGGACUGUGUUAGAAAAAGGAGCCAUGAGGCCCCACUGGAAACCUGCCAUUCCUCAGAGCACAGAGGAGUAGCCAGUGGGCCUUCUUUGGAAGGGGAGCAGUUUGAGGAGUCAAGGUCCACCGUGGAUGCCACAUUAGUCAAAACUUGCAUAAGCACAGUCAUGAAGACCACAGCAGUUAAUUCACUGCUACCUAAAAAUGAUGUUUUGGAUGGGGUCCUCAAAACAAAGAAGCAACUGAGGACACUCAGCCAUUUUGAUCUGGGUAAUGGCAUUCUGGUCAACAGCCUAGGAGAGGAGCCAACCCCUUCCCUGCGUAGAGGCCGGAAAAGGCGCUGUAAGACCAAGCACUUGGAACAAAACGGGGUUAAAAAACUGCGGCCACCCAGCAGUGACAUGGGCCUGGCCCUCAAAGACCCAGGGCUGCUUGAGGUGGGGCAGAAAUUGCAGCAGGAGGAAGAGGGCCAGCAGCUGGCUCUGCAGUCACAGCGCAUGUUUGACAGCGAGAGGCGGACUAUGAGCCGGCGAAAAGGCAGCGUGGAUCAAUAUCUCUUGAGGUCCAGCAGCUUGGCUGGGGCCAAGUAGCACUUAAUGUACAAAGUAAUGUUACCAGCUUUUCAGAGGUCCUUGGCCACAGUCAUUUAUCCAAAAGAGCUAGCUGAAUGUUCUCACUUUGAAUUUCUUUCAAUGGCAAAAUACUGUCUUCUAUUAUUCUGAGAGGAUGCAGGGCCUUGGUAUUCAAAAGCCAAGUGUCUGCAUCUUUGGCUUUCUAGGACCAGGGCCAGUCCUCCUCACCCUCUGAGUGAGCCAACUCCGAAGGCUUCCGGGCCCAUAGGGGCUGCACCCACUUGGAGUGAGCUUGGGAAUGGCCAGUGUUAGAGAUGGUAGGGAGAUGGGAUAAUUUCUCAUACUCAGAGCCCCUGGCUUCUUACCACAGAGGGGUGUUUUAAGUUAGCCUUGCAGAUAAACAUGGCUUCUUUUCAGAGACAAGCAGUGCCUGUCUCUGAAAGAGAAGAGCUAAGGUAAAUAGAUCUGACACUCAUCUUUCUCUCCCCUUUGCCACAGUAAUUUCUACAUACCCAAGUCAGUUGAGCUUAGAACUUUUGCCUCUACAGAAAUUAAUUUGUAAUCUCUGUUUAAAUUAUGACAUUUGAUUGAAGCAGUGUGGUUGACACCUGGUCUUCCUGAGACCUAGUUUGUAAGUGCAGUCAGCUGGAUGAUGAAGCCUCAGUGUAGACGUCCAGGUUCUCUUAGCUGCCAAGUGGCCUAGCCCAGACUGACCAUCGGCUCUCAUGGCCACAAGUCCCAAUGAUUCUCCACAAUCACAGGGUGCCCAAAGGAAAUACAACCUAAGGGCAUGCCAGGGCCACCCAGACUGGCUGGGCACCGAGUGUGACAGUGCAAAGCCCACCUAGAAGCACUUGGCCUUGAUGGGAUGUAAAACAGAACUGCAGUGAUCUCACCUAGCCCGUUUACAGGCCCCUGUCCUAGGAGUGCCCGGGACGAACUGUGAGGUUUCCUUACUACUUUCCACGUGGCAAUGGCUAUCUGCAAUCUAAAAAUCUUGAAAAACUUGCCCUAAAGUCAGGCAAAGGACAAAGCUGAAACUCCAUACAGUGGAAACGAGCUAUCUGGCUGGAUGCAGCUGGUAAAUUGAGUCCCAUGGACCUUUGGGGCUAAUUUUCUUAGCAGCUGACACCAUGUGUCUUUUGCAUCCCUGGUGGUGCUUGGUGCUUCUGCCCUUCUGGGCUCAUUGAGAAUAUGGAUUAUGAUAUGGUUUUAGGGACUCAGGUGGGCUGGCCUUUCCUGUGUUUGUAUGAGCUGUUACCAUAGUCAUGUGGCUGACGUUUUAACAGACCUUCCAGAGCUUUUAUACCAAUCCUGUGUCCCCCUUAAAAGGUCCCAGCAAGAUAAUGCAGAGUUGUCUGGUGACGUUGCCUUUGAUCAGAAUGUUUCUGAAGCAUUCGAAGUCUAGAGGGAGCUGGGCCUUAGACUCGCUGUUCUGUGCCAAGGGAGAUGUCCGUCCCUGGGACUUCUAGAAGAGAGAGCUUCAGAUUUGGAGUUAACCAGAAACUGGUUGAAGCUUCUGAAGGUGGGAAGAAGGGUGUGGAGUCCCAAGCAUGGUAUCCUUGAAGCAGACAGCAAAUUUCUCUGCCACUCAUAGUUGACUGUGCCCAGGGAUGCUAGAUGUGUGUGGCCAUUAGCAAGGUAGCUUCAGAGGCUGCUGUGGCAGGGAACCUGUGUGAGCCUGAAGUUGGGUACAUGUCUUCAAAACAUGCAACAGUCCCAUGACUUUAUACUUGUACUACUUUACUUCCCAUCCUAGGCAGCGUAAGGCUUUAAGGGCUGCUGGAAGGCAUGCUAGUGCCCUAGGUAGGAGAGCUGGCCCUGGCUGCAGACACCAGGGAAUUCCAGUAGGGAAAACUUAGUAAUGUCUACCAUUUCAUGUAUUUCCCUUAUGAUCUUAGUAAUUAUUAUUGGAAGGUUAGUCUUACUGGGUAGUAUUAAAGACACUUAUUUUUCCACUUGCCACCCUUUUUAUAUGUCACUAAUGCUUAGAAAAACACUUUCAGUUGGAAUUAAUUUUUGGUUUUGGUAAGAAGAUAAAAUAUUUUAAUAGAUGAAAGAUAUAUAUUUUAAAUAUCCCCCUUCCCCUAGCAACUACCUUGAAUAAGAGUGCAUAGCAGUGGUGACAAGUGUGGGCUCAGGUGCAGUGUUGCUGCUGAGUGACAGACACUGGGCUGUCCCUGUGUCCCCCAGGGAGACCUCGAGUGUAGACAAUGUUCUUUCCCAUACUUCCUGCUGAGCAGUGGCCCUGAAAUAGAGGCAAAGCAGUUUAUGUUGAGAAGGAAUGGCUUACUCUUUAAUUUGCUUACCCUUGAAAAUGGAAAAAAUUACUGACGUAUCUGCAUGCAAGAUGCUCUCAAACUUAAUGAAACCUGAACACUUCAUUUCUGACAA